GCUUCUGAACCAUGGCAGUGUCUCUCCUGCUGCAGGGAGGACGAAUCCGGGCGCUGAAGGCUGUGCUCCUGGAGGCCAGGGUGCCCCAAGAACUGGCUUCUGCUGUGGCCCUCUCUACAGAGUCAGGGACGAAUGAAACAGGAAUACAAUCAAAUCCCAAGAAGCAAAGUGCAGCCACAGAGCCCACUCCAGCCCCUGAGCCGAUGGACAUGACCACCUACAAGAACCUGCAGCAUCAUGACUACCACAUCUACACCUUCCUCGACCUGAACCUGGACCUCUCCAAGUUCAGGAUGCCACAGCCCUCCUCAGGACGAGAGUCGCCUCGGCACUGAGCUCAGCUCAGGGCAGCCCCAUGUCAGCCCAUGAAUUCUUGCCUGUAAGAAUAAAAGCCAGUCACAAAAAAAAAAA